AUGACCGUCACUGUUCUGGCGACGCCCACCACCACCACCACCACUACAGCUAAGACGAAGCGUCGUGGACCGUUACUGGCUAUCGAUAUGGCUACGUCCCAGGCGCAGGCGCGUCCUGCCGCGCCUGGAAGAGGCGGGGGCAGACGAUCGAGUCGGCGGCUGAGUAAACAGGAUAAAGGUGAGGAGAAUGCGAGUGCGACUGCGAAUGGUACAGGUGCUGGGGAGAAGAAGAGGAAGUUAGUGCCUGUUGAUGAGGAAGAAGACGAUGGUUUCCAAUUUACGCGCAUCGCGACAAAGAAGCCCAGACCGUCGACGGAAAAGAUUCAACCCGCGAUUCUGCCGGCAAGUUCGCAUCUGAAUACAGCGCCGCAGCCAUCUCCGAGAAGGGGUCGACCACCGAAGAAGAAGGUGGUGGAGGAGAAGGCGGAGGAGCCUGCUGCGGUUGUGACAGAGACUACUACGGAUACCACGAAAACGAGACGAAAAACGAAGCCGAGCGAGGGAACGAGCAAGAGGACAACCCGGGGAGCCGCAAAGGCGAAGGAGAGCCAGCCUGAGCCUGAACCCGAGCCUGAACCGGAACCGGAGCAAGAACCGGAGUCGCAACCUCCAGCCCAGGCACAGCCUGAGCCACAGCCAGAACGUGCGAAACGCUCGACGCGAAAACGAGAUCAGGGGGAAACGGUUCCCUUGGAGAAGAAGCGGAGGAAAGGCCGACCUAGUAAUUCUAGGAAGGAGGAACAGCAGAAACAGCAACAACAGCAGCAGCCGACGCCGCAGCCGGAAUUAGAGCCUCAACAACAACGACAACAACCACCACGACGAGCGUCGCUUCGCAAUGGAUACGUGUCUCCAGGGCCGCCGCAGGCUGGCACGGCCACGAUUUCAUUGCCGUUGGCCGACACGCCGGUCAUACAAAGAAAUCGGGAGAUGCGAGGGAAGAAGUCCGUGAAGGGGAACAAUCGUCGGAGUAGUCUGGGGAUGCGAGGUCGGCGAGCGAGCUCGCUGAUCGACUCUGGGGCGUCCAACGGUGGGUUUUAUCGAUUCGCAGGUGAUUCCAUGGCACGAGUGGCUGACGGGGAUAAUUCAGCGUUACCACAUAAGAAGGUCAACACGGCGGAUUUCUAUAAGCAUAUUGCCGCAGACUUAACGGAGCCGCGUCGAAUGCGGCAGCUUUUGAUCUGGUGUGGUACGCGAGCCAUAGGCGACAAGCCUUCUGGGUCGCGCUCAGAGGAUGAGAGCGCUCGGCUAGCGGCACGUGUUAUACAGGAGGAGCUCCUCAAAGACUUUGAGUCGAACUCCACACUCUCUAAUUGGUUCGAACGGGAAGAGCUGGAUCCUCCCGCGGUGGUGGUCAAGAAGGAGAACCCGAAGAACAUCCAGAAUGCGGACAAGAUCAAGGAAUUGGAGGAGUUAAUACAGAAGCUACAAAAAGAGCGGCAUGCUCUCAAUGCUCUGUUACGGCCGCCGGAUAUUCCCCGUAUCAAAAACCACCCGCUCGAGACAGAUCCCAGCCAACCUUCACAACCAUCAUUAUCCAGGCCUGACGAGCCAAUCGAUUUAUCGGUACUAGACCCGUCUCAGCGGAGAAUAUAUGCCCAGAUCGACCCGGAGACGGUCAAGCAACAAGAACAACCACCUCAACCACAACCACCACAGCCGACAGACGGCGAGCCCAUGGACACCGACCCGCCAUCAGCAGCAGCAGCAGCAGCAAGAUCAACAACCUCCGCAACAGAUACCUUCCUCCCUCCAAUGUCCCCAACCACCAUUUCCACCCGCCUCUCCCGCGUAACCAGCACCCUCGCCCCGACGCUGGACUCCCUCGCCGCCGGUAUCCACAACCUCGAACUGUAUCGCUCGACCUCGGACGCCGUCUCCUCGCAGGUCCUGCGCAUCUGCGCCGAGCGCCUCGAAGCCCGCGACGCCCGCAACAGCAUCCGCCGCCUGGCCAGCACCGACUCGGCGACCGACCACAAGGACCUCAGUCUCCGGCCCCGGCCAAAGGAAGACCUAGGUGUGAUACUGGGGGCAUUGAGUCGGGUAGAACGACGAGCGUGA